AUGGUAUCGUUGUGUGAGAGUGGCACGAAUAUGGUCAAGAAGAAGGCAUCGAAUUUUAUACCAACGUUGUUAGAGCAGUGUUUGGGUUUGAUGACUGAACUGGAGGAUGAUGCAGAGGAGUGGUUAUCGUGCGACAAUGCCGAGGAGGAUUCUGAUGAAGAAAAUGCGGGUAUCGGUGAGACGUCACUGGAUCGCAUAUCGUGUGCACUCGGUGGAAAGGCCAUCCUGCAGCCAUUCCUACAGAUCAUUCCAAGACUCAUUCAAGACACUCAAAACUGGAAGAAUCGUCAUGCGGCAAUUAUGGGUCUGUCGACGAUCGGCGAGGGUUGUCGAAGACAGAUGGAACCGAUGAUCGAGCAGAUUGUUGAUACUGUUCUUGGCUUUCUUCAAGAUGAGGAUUGCCCGAAAGCAAUCAUUGCGUUGUAUUUACCGCAAAUAAUGGAGAAGCUGGAAUUCGUUUUGGAACAUACGUUUAAGCAGUUGCUUGAACGAGGCAAGAAGUUGGUGUUGGAGCAAGUGAUAACAACAAUCGCAUCGGUCGCGGACGCCGCACAGGAUCAAUUUGUUUCAUUCUAUGAUCGGUACGUAUUUGCCUUGUUCUGUUUUCGUGGAUUGUUAUGA